AUGCCUCAAGUAUGUCUGGAUUAUAACUAUUAUGGACUUUGCACCAACGGUUUGUCUUGCAACCAAGUACACAUUUGCAAGGAUUUUAUCAAGAAGAGAUGCAGCGAUGAGGAAGACUGUGGUCUUCGACACGAGAGCGCGUUUGCCGAAGCUCACACCAUUGCAGUACUUCAAAACUAUGGCAUGAGAGUCAUAGGAGGAAACUUUAAUUCAGUGCUUCGCACACUUUUGGUAUGCCAGGAGAACAUUUCAAGUGGUUUGGAAGACCCCAAGGGCAAACUCACCACAAAGGGAGUGGCCACUAAAGGGAGCAAGGAAAAUCAGCACAUGUCUUCGAAAGUGGGCGUGGCUGCAAGUGCCACCGCUCAGUCUGCUGAGGUUAAAGUCUUCGAAUGCCUUUGCAGCGAGUACGAUUGCUCAGCUUCUUUUUCGGUGAUUUCCAAACGAACAAAUUUGUUCCCGUCUGAAUUUAAGGACGUAGAAGCUUGGUUUCGAAGCAAGAAAGGGAGCUUUCUGAUUACAGAAGAUGAUCACGGAAAGAUAACCCAAGUGAACGCUUUCUCUACAAAAGCACGUUUAUGUCUCAGUUACAAUAACUCUUAUUAUGGGGAGUGCAAUAGAGAGAACUGUUCGUACUUGCACGUCUGUAGAGAGUACAUAACCGAUUCCUGUAACAACGGAGCGACGUGCCCGCGGAAUCAUCACUUCCACGAUGAAAGAGAAAGAGCUCUGUUGUCGACGAUUAAGCUUGAUAAGUUGACAGAUGAGCAACUCAGGAAGCUAGUGCUUUCAUCUACUCCCCAAAUCUGUGUAGAGUACAACAACGGUUCGUGUGAUCUUGGUGAGUCUUGUUCUAAAAUACACAUGUGUAGAGAACAUUUGAAAAAGUGUUUUAGAAGGGGAUAUGGCUGUGACUUACUUCAUGAAGAAGCCAUGAACAUUGAACACACCAAAGCAAUUCUUGAACGUUUUCAGCUUGGACACCAUAAAUCAGACCUGGUAAAGAAAAUUAUUCUUGUUUGUGAGCAGCGCAAGAAUUCCGCAUGUUCCAAAGAAAAAACUACAAGUAAGUAAUGUAAAAUUCUUUCAGCCUUGCUACAUCUCUAGUUUUCGUUUAAAGAAACAUUUUCUGUGGUUCCAACGUAUAAUGCUAAAAACGUAGUCUACAGGGUCCACAGUUAGGUAGUUUAAUGCUGCGGUUUUCGAAACCCGAGGUACAAGAAGCCUUACUUAUUAAAUUACUUUGUCAAACGAUAAGCUUGAAAAUCAUGAUUUUAGCGGAAAGGGAAAGGUUAGCUUUAGAUAUAACACAAUGAAAGUGUUGUAAAGGAGGGAAGCUGCCAAUGAAAGACGGAGAGCUAAGGCGGGUGUUAAAAACUUUCUACCCUGGCCGAGGGUUUAGAAAAAGUGGAUUUUCCGUGACCGUUAAGACGGAAAACCGGUCUGACCAAAGAUAACAAAAUAAAAAUGAAUGAAUAUAAAUAUAAAUAAAAAGUUCUUAUCAUAUAUAUAAAAUUAAUAAUGCCUCAAUAGUCAGUGGAACAAAUUUUAAUCAUUUCUGAACAAGCAAUCAUUUUUGUCUUUUUGAAUCAAGGCAUUCUGACAGGACAUAUUCUCGUAAACAAGCCAGAUGCACCCAUUUGCGCAGAGUUUAUUCUUAGCAAAUGUACGAAUGGUUCUAAUUGCACAGGCCAUCACUACUUUUUGCCUUACCAUUGGCAAUAUAGUGCGGAUGCAGAUGAAUGGAAGAGUUUUAAUGAGAAAGACAACGAGAAGCUAGAAACACUGUAUUGCGACGUGACACUUGAGGAAUGUUCUGCUACAGGCAUGCAAAUAUCAUUUGAAAGGUAUGUUAUAGUAAUUAUACACUGAGAGUCUUGUCAAAUUCAUGGAUUUUUACUCAUUUAGAGUUAUAAUAAGUGUUCAAAGUUCGGUAGACAUACUUCAGCCCAAGUCUAAUGUAUGAGAAAAGAUAAAGGAGUAUGGCAAAAUGCAAGGGCUAAAGACAAAUGAACCAGAACAUUAACAUUUUAUGGUAUAAUGCAUUUUUUUAAACAUGAAUUACAGGUUGACAUUAUUAUCAUUUUAAUAUUCAUAUUUUAGCUAUGGAUUUUUAUUCUUGGACGAGAUGUGUGAUGUCGAUAUUUUCCUCGAUAAUAAGCUGCUGAUUACACAGGAAUAUGUUGAAAAGCUCAUCCAACUACGACGCCUAUCUACGGAAUCUGACGUCAACUCAAGCAACCCUCUAGCUACGGAGUGGAUAUGGUACUGGCAGGACGAAAAUGGAUUCUGGAGGAUGUAUGACCAAGACCACACUGUGAGUAAAUAGUGAGAGAAAUCAUGACAACUCAGUUGUAAGUAGCCUUACAGUCCUCCAAGGAAAGCGGUGGGAGGGGUGAGGGUCGGUUAGGGCCCACUUUCGGUUGAAGAUUUAAUUCAUGGCUUGUGGUGAGCUCCUCAAGGUGAUUUAACCAUUGUAGGAUAUGGAAAGCUGCUCUAGGGGAUCUGUAAUGUCAUUCAAUUCGUUUGGCGGAAUGAAGAAAGGAAAUCACUUGUCUCACGGUAGACAAAAAAGGGGGAGAAACCUUUUGUACGUCUACGGAUUAAGUCGUUGCGUACUGAUAGUGCUGAAAUUCAAAUGAUUUCUCCAAACCAGUGAGAGAUUUCAAAGAGUUUUAUCGUUGAAAGGCCUGAGGUAAGCUUGUUAACUCUUUCAGUCAAAUCGAAAUCUUCUAUAUUAUUGACUUAGUCUGAAAAGUAUUGAAAAGUGAAUGGAAACACUUUGUGACAGGUUUCAUUUAUAUCAGGUCACAUUCCCGACAGGAUAAAAAGCAUAUUGUCAGAGUCCUCCAUGGGGGUGAAAUCUUUACUUUAACAUUGUAUAUGGCUGAAGUCUCAGAGUAAUCGGGCAGAACCCCCCGCCGAUUAAGAGUUGGACUUUCUGGAUAUGUGACUGGUAUAUUAGGCCAACACAACAAACAUUCCAAGUAAUAUAUGGAGCGCGCUUUUUAAUUUGGCGCAUCAGUAAAAUUCUAUAUAGAGUAGUGUAUGGUAUCUUGUCUCGACAAAUAAUCUUUUUUUCUUCAUAGGGAAACGAUCUUCAAGAAUCCCUAGAAAAAGCCUACUUGAACAAGAAAAACGAUUUUAAGUUUCGGAUUGCGGACCAGGAUUACAUUUUAAAUUUUAACCCAUCAAGUGACAUGAGCCAGACAAACGUCAAGUACGGCACGACGAAAAAAGUGAGAAGAAGGCCUGGAAAAUUUGUGUCUAAGGAUGACAUUUCUCAGCUUAAAAGGUAUUUGUGUUGUAGAGUUAAUUAAUGACAAGAACUUUAUCCCUUGCCACCGAUAUGAUGGGCCAGUUUCUUUAUUUGAAAAUAAUUAGCAUAAAAUCUUACAUCAUGUUUUCACUGUGAAAUUAAGGUGACCAAAAGAAAUGUUUUGGUAAAGCUCUCACGAGGAGCCGCAAAGGGUGAUAUUUUUGCACGGCAUCUGGCGGCACAUCAAAGAAUUUGGAAUUGAAGGGCAAAUUCCUAGAAUAUCUUCGCCAGUUAAGCUAGAGAAAAGGUGUUAGAAAACCUCAGGAUCCAAAACAACACGUCAAUCAAAAUAUCACUUGGACCUUUUCGCUAAUGAAGAGCUAUCACGCGGCUAAGCUUGAAUUAGACAUAUAUUGAAAUAGGAACUCGUGUCAAUAAAGUAUCAGAAGUGAGCGGGAAUCGCUCCUGGUUAAAAAACUGGUUCACAGGGAUAUGCAUCUCUUCUAGUUAAGAGAAGGGAAUCAGAACUGCUUUUCAUGCAGGAACAGGUUUUCUUCGGGCUAACUACAAAACCUCAGCUUAUUUCACUCCUUGACAUUGUCAAAGCGCAUUUUGUAAAGAUAACUUUUUCGGCUUUAUGAGCUUUUUUUAUAUUCUAUUCCAUAAAUGUUUAACCUCCCUCAAAAAGCCAAGUAAUAUAAAUGCUGUUGUUAAAAAAAGCGUUUUACUUGUUUACGUGAAUUCGCUACCCAAAGAUCACUAUGCUGAAAGGACAGGGCAAAAUUUCCAGGAGAGAGGCAUUAAUUUUUUUUCCCACGAGGUUACAAAGAGAAAAUGCAAUGAUUAUUAUUAAUGUAACCAUCAGGUAUACUCUACCCACGAGUUUACGGACAGCAAAUGCAGUGAUUAUUAUUAAUGUAGCCAUCGGGUAUAUUCUACCCACGAGGUUACAAAGAGAAAUGCAAUGAUUAUUAUUAACGUAACCUUCAGGUAUGUUGUACCCACGAGGUUACAGAGAGCAAAUGUAGUGAUUAUUAUUAAAUGUAACCGUCAGGUAUAUUCUACCCACGAGGUUACAAAGAGAAAAUGCAAUGAUUAUUAUUAACGUAACCUUCAGGUAUGUUCUACCCACGAGGUUACAGAGAGAAAAUGCAGUGAUUAUUAUUAAAUGUAACCGUCAGGUAUAUUCUACCCACGAGGUUACGGAGAGAAAAUGCAGUGAUAUUAUUAAUGUAACCAUCAGGUAUAUUCUACCCACGAGGUUACAAAGAGAAAGUGCAAUGAUUAUUAUUUACGUAACCUUCAGGUAUGUUCUACCCACGAGGUUACAGAGAGCAAAUGCAGUGAUUAUUAUUAAAUGUAACCGUCAGAUAUAUUCUACCCACGAGGUUACAAAGAGAAAAUGCAAAGAUUAUUAUUAUCGUAACCUUCAGGCAUGUUCUACCCACGAGGUUACAGAGAGCAAAUGCAGUGAUUAUUAUUAACGUAACCUUCAGGUAUGUUCUACCCACGAGGUUACAGAGAGCCUGCAAAUGCAGUGACAAUUAUUAGAUUUUAGUGCAACUAUCAGGUUGAGUUCCUCCAUUAAAAGAGUUUUUUGCUAGGGUUAAACAAGUUUGGCUUUCAUGAGUUUCAAGGUGCAAGAAAUUAUCAGUAUAAUUAUAGCACACAAACAUUGUCAUCUAAUUUUUCGCACGUAGCCGGAAUAAGCCAAGAAAUGAAGCAUAUAUAACGAAAAAUCGUUCUCAGAUGAUCUCCAUAUUAAAUAAAUUAUACUAAACGUUGCGAAAGAAAUUAUUGUUCGUAUCCGUCUUAUCCAUCGUAAAAGCGAGGGGUCAUCGCAUGACAUCCGGUAUAUUAAACAGAGGUAAUACUCACGGGUUUCACGAGUUGUACGCACUAUUUUUCUCCGAGAAACAAAUUUAAACUUCAAUUCUUACCUUACAGUAGUCCGUUCUUUUACCUUGCAUUCGACAACAAAUCUGUUAAAGGCGAACAAAGCGAUUCCGGCACUCUUCUUUAUGAUGAGUAGCAAGCCGCAGGAACUGAAGCCGCUUGACUGAAGUAAAAUCCACCGAUAUGCACGGCAUUCUCACUACAAAUACAAACAAACGUUGCGGGGAAAAAAAGACGAGGAGGAAAAAAUGCCAGAUCUUCGCCUUGGCAAUGUAUUCCAGCUACCAUGCCGGCGUAUCUCCAGAAGGUGGACUCGAAGUGAGACAAACCUUGUGAAUUUUUUUAGACGCCCUUUGCGCGCAAACUAAUUUAUUCUGGCGCGAAAUGAAGAUUAACAAUAGGUAUACUGAAAUCUAAUCCACGACAAGAAGAUUUUCGCACUGUAGCGCGACAUAUUAAAUGCCUAUUUUUACAAGUACGCGGAGAAAGUGGUCCACUAGUUUAACUUUUUUAAGAUGAAUUUACUCCACAAAGGCAAAAUGAAUGUUUUAUCUCUACGUUGUUUACGUGCCGGAUUAGAAGGCAGAAGUAAAUUCAUCAUACAGACCCCAUCAAAAUGAAAGUACACGAAUGAAACGGAAUAAGUCUGGAACGGUUUAGUUUCUACUCGGCAGCUUCUUUGCUUUUAUAACAAAAAUUUAAUGUUGCAGUCUGUUUUAAACGUUGGCAUAUCAACGCGUACAGUCACUGAAUGAAAACAACAGUCACGAUCACGUUCUUCGAAACCGACCAGACGCGCGCGACCUACCACUGUUAUGGCAAGCAAUUAUCCUGAAGGUGUUAAUGUUCCCGUGACAGUCUUCGCACUGAAGGUGUAAAUGGUAAACCGAACGGUCGCUUUGAUCAUCAGAAAGACCUGUCAACUUUGAUGAUUUAACUGAGUAAAUUACGGGACAGAAAUUUUACUCCUUGCGGCUCCUCGUGUUUUAAGAUAAAAACUAGGUACCUGAGACAAGACAAGAGAAGACAAUGAUUUAUGUGUAAUUUGACUGCAAGUAUGGUCAUUCAUUUGCAUUACAAUCAGUCACAAAAAGAUGUCACAUGAUGGGCCAUGAUGUGAUGUCUAAUCUGUUGGAAACUGGUCAUUGAUACCUAAAGUGUGUUUCGUGAAAAUUACCUCAAAGUGCUUUUACUGUUAAGGUAAAUGGUGGAUACCUGUUCGGAGCCCACAGACCGCCCCCUUGGGCUAAUCUGUUGGAUCUACAGUGGAAAACUUAUGAUGUAAGCAUUUAAGUGAAACAUCGGGUAAUUAAUUCUUUCACAGAGAACAAUCAGUUGCUCAUUUACUUACUAUAAAUUCACUGAAUUAUGCGUUGAAACAUCCUUAGGAGAAAAAAAUUCAAAACAAUUAAUGUGCCACUGCAUUGGAGCAGUGUAAAAGUGUAGACUGCGGACUGGCUGCGGACUAUUGUUUUUAGGGCUAGAAAACAAUGGGACUAUUGUUCUCAUGUUCACAUUAGCCUGGUGAAAAAAAUAGUCCUCAGUCUGCGUUUUACACUGUCCCCACUGCAUUACCAUCUUUUUCAUUAGGUCUCAGAACGCAGUGAGUGUCGAGCAAAGGAGAAAUACAGGAGUCACUAAUACGCCAAAUCAUUGGUCUUCCAUGCUAUGCAAGAGGCAAUAUCAACGUGUGUCGAUAUCAAGACUUUCUGAAGAAUUUAAAGAAGUGGAAGAAUUCUUCAAAAAGUCCAUCAAUCGGAGUGUGGUAAUUGUUGGAAUUGAACGAGUGCAAAACCCUUUCAUGUGGGAAAAGUACCAAAGGUACUACUGA